AUGUCCCGGCUUCACGUAUUGAAGAUUUCGGGCAUUCGUUCCUUCGACAACAACCAAGAACAACACAUCAAGUUUGAGACCCCGCUAACUCUCAUCGUGGGCCAAAAUGGUUCAGGGAAAACCACUAUCAUCGAAUGCCUAAAGUUUGCCUUCACGGGAAUGCAGCCUCCAAACACCAAAGUCGGCGGCGCCUUCGUCCAUGACCCGAAAUUAAACAGCGAUAGCCAAGUCAAGGCCCAGGUCCAAGUCUCCUUCAAAUCAGCCAGUGGAGCUGCACUAACUGUUUCUCGGCGCCUGGAACUGAACGUGAAAAAGACCACCCGUUCCUUGAAGACGUUGGAAUGCUCGUUAGUUGUGAGCAGGCGGGGCGAGAGAACCGUCGUGUCAUCUCGGGUUGCCGAAUUGGAUUUGAUCCUUCCACAAUACCUCGGUGUAUCCACCGCCAUCAUUGACAAUGUCAUCUUUUGCCACCAAGACGAAAGCUUCUGGCCUCUGAGUGAUCCCACCACUUUGAAAAAGAAAUUCGAUGAGAUUUUUGAGGCGCAGAAAUACACCAAGGCCAUCGAAAACAUCAAACAGAUUCGGAAGAAGCAUAAUGAGGAGUUGGGCAAGUAUAAGAUCCUGGAGGAUCAUGCGAAACUGGACAAAGCUCGAGCCCUAAAAGCCCAAAAGAGGAAGGAGGCUCUUUCAGAUGAGAUUGAGAAACUCCGGAAGAAAAGCGAGGAGCUGCAGCAAAGAAUCGAUCAUGCUCGGCGAAUGGCAGAUGAAACUUGGAGAAAGGGCGAGGAAUAUGCAAAGAUUCUCGGGGCGUUGGAAGGAAAGCGAAUCGAGGCACAAGGCAAACAGGCUACCAUUGACGAUCUCAAAUUGCACUUAGUAGAAGUAAGUGAGCCGGACGAGUGGCUGCAAACAACCCUAUCCCAAUUCCAAGCUCGACAAGAAGAGCUGAGAGAUGAGUUGAGCAAUAAGCAAGAGGCAUACAUCGGGCAACAAGAUCAGAUGAAAUUGCUGGGUAAACAGCGCGAGGAGAAAGUGAAGUUGAAGGGCAAGUACGAACAAGAGAAGGAGGCACACGAACGUCACCUUGAAAGACGUAAAGAAAUGGUGAGAGAUGCCGCUGCGAAACAUCAGAUCCGUGGGUACGAGGACUUAGAGGACGACAAUCAAGUCGAAGAGUUCCUGGUCAAAAUCAAGAAGAUGUCCAAACAUCAAAAAGAAGAUCUGGACCAGGCGAGGCUUGCACACACCACACAGCGACGGGAUGCGCAGACUCUUAUCAACAAAUUGACUGAGCGAAAGUUAGCUCUUCAAGAUCAAAGAGCCACCGCGAGAAAGCAGAUGGACUCGAAUGACCGCGAAGCAGGAGAGUUCCAGAAUAGAGUCAAUCAGAUCACGGUCGAUGAGGGGAGCAAGGCAGUAGCCGAGUCACGGAUUGAUGAUCUUAACAAAGAACUACAAAAGACACGUCAGGCGGCGGAAGCGGCCGAUUGGGACAAAAAGAUUCAGAAUGCUAAUGCAGAGCUCCGAGCUUUUGAGGAGAUCAGCUCCAAAUUAAGAGAUGAGAUGUUUUGGUCAACAAAAAAGGCAGAAGAGCUUGCGAAAUUGUCCAUUGUGAAGCAAGAGUUGAAGGACCGACAGAAACGCCUUGAGACAUUGUUGAAUGCUCACAGUGACCGUAUCACAGCCCUUCUUGGUCAUGGAGCAUGGUCUGCUGAUAAGGUCGAAAAUGCCCAUCAGGAAGUCCUCAGGAACGCGACGAGUGAAGUCUCAGCAUCCGAGCGAGAAAGAGAUUCGGUAAAUCGGGAGUUGGAGCAGCUACAGUUCAAGCAGAAAACUGUCCGCAAAGACCUCUCGCGCAAGGAGAACGAGGCUAAAAAAUGUGAACAACAACUUCGCGCUGUUAUCGAGGACGGCCCCCAAGGCUAUGAUGAAGCGCUGAAACAGGCGGAAGAAAACGUUAGAGAAGCCAGAGAAAAUAGCUCAGGUUUCAGCGGUCUUCACGACUAUUACCAACAAGUCCUAGAUGCCUGUUCAGGAGACAAGCCAGCGUGUCGCACUUGUAUGCGGGGCUUCACGCUCGGCAGCAAGACGUUAGCAGAUUUUCAAGAACGCAUCAACAAGCUGAUUGCAAAGACGAAGGCGCAUGCAGAGCAAUCUGAUCCCGAAGCAGCCGAAGCAGAAUACAAGCGCAUGCUAGAUCUCGGCGUGGUUCAUCGAACCUGGAAGAAGCUCGUCGACUCUGAGAUCCCCACGGUUGCACAGGAGACGGCUGAUCUGGAUGUUCAGCGACAGUCUCUGCUAACAAAUCUAGAGAAGCAUGACAAGAGCGUGGUUCAAAAGCAGCAAGUCAAGCGUGAUAUUGAAUCAAUUGGACAAACCGUUUCUUCAAUCAGCAAGUGCGACAGCGAAAUCAGAUCGCUGAGCGGCCAGGUCAAGGAACUGUCUGCAAAACAGAGCCAACAGAGUAAUACGCGGACUUUGGAAGAGAUUCAAGAGGAGCUGAAUUCUACUGACCAAAAAGUGCGAGGGACCCAAAAUGUCAUUAACCGAUUGAGAACCGAGCAGGAGCAAUCUCGAGCAGGUAUCUCCGGCAUGGAGCUUGAACUACGGGACCUCAAAGGUAACUUGAACAAUGUUAUAUUUCAGCUUGAGAAGAAAGUUUCUCUCGCAGCUCGGGUGGAGGAAUUUCGAACAAAUAAUCAAAAGCAGCGGGAGCUCAUGGAGAAUCUCACGAAGGCAAUUGAGCAGCUGGAACCUCAAAUCGCGACAGCCCGGGCGAAAUAUGAUGAUGUUGAUCAGCGCGCAGCCACCAAAGAACGCGAAAUGUCAGAUGGUCUCUCCAACUUGAAUGACACGGUCAACAAUCUCGAUAUUCUGAAUGACCAGAUUCAAUCUUACGUGGACCGUGACGGGCCAAAUCAACUCGGACAUGUCAACCGGGAACUCAAGAAUCUGGAGCAGGAAUUGGAUGACCUCCAGAGCGAACAGAACCAACUCACGCGUGAAAUCAACCAGACUAAUGAACGAAUCCGGGAUGGCGAGUCGACACGGAGAAAGUACUCUGACAAUCUCCGAUACCGACAAGAGAGCCGGGCCCUUGCACGGCUGCGGGAGGAAAUUAAGGAACUUGAAAGUCACAAUGCCGAAGCUGAUCGCGACCGUUUCCAGCAGGAAUCGCAAAAGUACAGCAUGGAAUACAACAGACUCGGGACACAACAGGGCGGACUCUUGGGCGAAGUGAAGUCGAAGGAUAAUCAAUUGUCGGAAAUCUUAGAGGACUACAAGACAGAUCUGAAGGAUGCGCCACAACGGUACAAAGAAGCCCACAUCAAGGUUGAAGCUACCAAAGCGGCUGUAGAAGAUCUGGCACGGUAUGGUGGAGCGUUGGACAAGGCGAUCAUGAAAUACCACAGCCUCAAGAUGGAGGAGAUCAACAGCAUCAUCGAGGAGCUGUGGCGCAAAACGUACCGGGGCACCGAUGUCGACACGAUCAUGAUUCGAGCAGAAAAUGAGUCUGGCAGAGGCAAUCGAUCGUAUAAUUAUCGGGUGGUUAUGGUCAAGAGAGGUGCAGAAAUGGACAUGCGGGGACGGUGCAGUGCAGGACAGAAAGUCCUCGCGAGCAUCAUCAUCCGCCUAGCCUUAGCCGAAGUCUUCAGCACCCAUUGUGGACUGAUUGCACUGGAUGAGCCGACAACGAACCUCGACCGCGACAACAUCGAAAGUCUGGCCCAAUCGUUGAAGGAGAUCAUCGAAUACCGACAGCAGCAGUCGAACUUCCAACUUGUGGUGAUUACUCAUGACGAAGACUUUUUGCGACAAAUGGAAUGCUCGAAAUUUACAGGAACCUAUUAUCGAGUGUCGCGAGACUCGGCCCAAAACUCCAUCAUUGAGCGACAAAGUAUCGCAGAGGUUUUGUGA